GAGGAUGCUAUUAAUACCCGCAUCAUCUAUUCUCGUCCUUCUAUUACACUCUUUGUUCUGACCCUUUCAAGUCUCAAGUACUUACUAUGAUAUUGAUGAGCUUUUGCAGAAAAAGUGUCCACUAUUUCUUAGGUUUCUCCAGCUCCGGCGACAAUGAAACAGAAGAUUCCUUCAGCCACCACCGGAACAUUUCAUCUCUGGCGGGCGGCUUAAGUCUCUUCACCAUCUUAGCUGAUAUUCAAAGACCCAUCAACGUUCUUGAGUCUUCCACUCUCAAAUCAACACCACCUUCCCCUCCCACCGCCGCCGCCGCCACCACCAAACCCCUUAUGGAAACCCCAAAAAAGGACCCUGGUGGAAUAGGGUUUAUAGAUGAAGUUGGUGGUAUUGUAGAUGGGUUAAUGUCAUGUACAGAGAGUUUAGGAUUCGAGAGCUCAGAUGAGAGAAGGGUUGAUGAUAAAAUUGAUAAUUUGAACAAUGAUGAACUGGGUUGGAGGAAGUCUCCAUUGAAUAAUUCAAAGUGGAAGAGAAAAUUUGCCCAGAAACAGAGCGAGGUAAAGAAGUUUCCACCACCUUUAUCGUCGUUAAAUUACGACGGUAAGCCCAAUUUUUUUCUCCGGCCGGUGAGGAAAGAUGGGAGGUUAGAGCUUUCAGAGGUGAAGAUUCAUAGUCCUAAGUUUCUUCGCGCUUCCCGGCAAGAUGGACGGUUGAGAUUGCAUCUCAUUUGUGAUGAAGAUUUGGAAAUGGAAGAACAAGUUGAAGCGGAUCAACAAGUUCAAGAAGAUGAAGAGGUAAUUGUUGAAGAAAAGGUGGAAGUUCAAGAAAAUGAAAAGCAAAUAACUGAGGAAAAGGUUGGAGAGAACAAAGAAGAGAAGCGAGAUGACAGAGUUGAGGAGUGGCGGUUUCCGAUGGCAAGCAGCGGCGGAGAUGGUUUCAGGCGGUGUCAUGAGCCAGAGAACCACCACCAAUAUCACUUGCAUCUGUGGAGACAGCACUGCGUCACUCCCGGGUGAAGUUAGAAUAUGCAAGUGUCCGUGUGGUCGUUUGGACUUUCUGCCAAUUAAGUUGAAUUAUCAGCUUAGCUUCCGUUCAAAACAAAAAAAAAAAAAUCCGCUUAGCUGAGAAAGAGAGAGAUUGGUGUGGCCCUACUCUACUUAAUGAGUAAUUAAUGAGUAAUGUUAUGCGAAUUUAAAAUUUUGACAUAAUUUAUCAACAUA